GCCUCGAACGUUUUCUGUUUUGGUUAUCAGAAAACGUCGUCGUCGCCUAAUUAAAUCAAGGUUAGGAUCAAAGAAAAACAAAUAGGAAAAACCUCGACGAGUCAACUGAAGUUUUGGAGUUUAGCCGGGCGACCUGCUUGAGCCCAAUAAUUUUUGAGGUAAAACCGAGUGCACUACGUGGAGGCAAGAUUACCCAGCGACGCAGACGACGAGUGGGACUGUCCGGCGGAUUGGCGGCUGGAGGAUACGGCGGUUACAACGGCAACAAGAUGCACCAGCAGCACGUGGACCUGCACGCUCCCGUGGACCUGAACAAGUCCCUGGACGAGAUGACGCCGGAGGAGCGCAUGCGAGCGGAGCACCAACUGUUGGUGGAGAAGCAUCGCGGCCACGAUGCCAUGCACUCCGAGAUGGUGAUCAUCCUGUUCGUCACCCUAGUCAUUGCCCAGAUCAUCCUGGUGGAGUGGAAGAAGCGGCACUACAGAUCGUACUCCUUCGUCACUCUGCUGGCCAUGUGGCUCAUCCCGCUGAUCAUCUCCUGCAGCUUCGGCUGGCUGCGCUUCAUUCUCAUCUGGCUGAUCUUCACCAGCAUCACGGCCCUGGUGAUGCGCCGGGCCAUCAGCAAGCCCAUCCAGGGCACAACGCCCAGGCUGGUCUACAAAUGGUUCUACUUCAUUUACAAGCUAAGCUAUGGCCUGGGCCUUGUGGGCUAUCUGGUCAUCAUGGCCGCCUUCCUGGGCAUGAACUACCUGUUCUUGCAGCUCCCAAACACCUGGAUGGACGUGGGUCUGAUGUUCUGCUUUUACGGCCUCUACAUCGGUGUGUUGGGGCGGGAUAUAUCUGAGAUAUGUUCGGAUAAGAUGGCGGCGGCCAUAGGCUACUACACACCUCAGGGCAUUCCCACCCGGCAUCUGGAUCAGAAUGUCUGCGCCGUUUGUGGCAACCAGCUGCUGGUCUCCGAGAAGGAAGAGGGCGUCAUCGAGAAUACAUACAAGCUGUCUUGCAAUCAUGUGUUCCACGAGUUCUGCAUACGUGGCUGGUGUAUUGUGGGCAAGAAGCAGACGUGUCCCUACUGCAAGGAGAAGGUCGAUCUCCAGAAGAUGUUCCGCAAUCCGUGGGAGAAGCCGCAUAUGUUGUAUGGACGCCUGCUGGACUGGAUCCGCUGGCUGGUGGCCUGGCAACCGCUCAUCUUCUUUAUAGUACAAGGGAUCAAUUGGAUGCUGGGACUGGAGUAGGUCCCGCUGCUGCAUCUGCUCCCGGUACUAGCUUUCCUCGGCGUCUAGUCAAGCACACACACUUCGGAUUAAGUCCUGCACAUGUAACCACACAGACAACACGACGACUUCAACAACGACAGACCAAUUGGAGGGGUGGCGAGACACCAGCACCAGCACCGUCGCCACUCAUUCCCCCGCUCCCCUCCAGAGCUCCUGAACGAUGAUGAGGAUUACAAUGACGAUGACACGGAUGAUCCAGCUUUAGACGAAGCCAUCCAUAUGCCAUUGCCAUCCAACCUGUUUCCGGGUUUCCAGUUCUGUGUGUGUUAAGCUUUUGGGGCACCCAACUUUUCCAUUGUUCAGUCUUUAAUCGAAACGUAAAUGCAAUUUUGGAUAUAUGUGUAUAUAUAUCUAUAUAUUAUACAUAGCUAUGUAUUUAUGUACAUAUGUGUGCCUGUGUGUAUGUCUCCUAGGUAUUAUUACCAGUUUUAUUUUCUUGAUUUUACUUAAUUGCACUGGAGCUGGUUAGGAUUAUACAUAUACCAAAAAGAAAUCCAUUGAUAAAUUA